UCCUUAUGUAACACAGUAAUCGGGUUUGAAGUUUGAAUUCCAGUUCAUGCAGGCACUGAGCUUCACUGGUCAGGAGGAGAUUCACAAAACAUUUCUCCAUUGUUUGAGAGAUUUAAGAGUUAAUCCAUGGGGAGCAUCCCAGGACUUUCACUCCUGGUUCUGGUGGUGAGUGGGUUCGUCCUGGCCAGUCCCGGUGUCCAGGGCGGAAAGAUUCUUGUGUUUCCCGUGGAUGGCAGCCACUGGGUCAACAUGAACCUGAUUAUCCAGAGCCUCCAUGCCAGGGGUCAUGAGGUCACUGUGGUCCGCACAGCCACUAGCUGGUACAUCAAAGAAGAUGCGCCACAUUACCGCUCCAUCACAGUCUCCCUGCCAGAAGCCAUCAGCAUAGAGGAGCAGGACUUCUUUGUAACAUUCCUGGUUAAGAUGCUGAAGAUCAAGAAAGAAGGAGCAUCUCUUAUUGGCUUUGUGAACUUCUACUGGGAAAUGCUUGGUGCGUUGUCAAAAAUCCACCAACAGGCCAGUCUGUUGGGGGUAGAAAUAUUUGAGAACAAGACUCUAAUGCAGAGUAUUCGUGACACUCAGUUUGAUAUGGCUCUUAUUGACCCAGGACUGCCUGUGGGAGUUCUGGUGGCUCAUGAACUUAAGCUGCCGACUAUAUUUAACGUGAGAUGGAUCACCAGUGGAGAAGGGCAUUUUGUGGUAGCUCCAUCUCCAACAUCCUAUGUUCCAACUUCAGGAAAUGCUAUGUCAGAUAAGAUGACCUUUGGGCAAAGGGUCAAGAACACAUUCCACUAUUUUCUCAACACAUGCAUCGACAAGUUUAUAGUAUGUCCUCACUACGAUAGGCUGGUGGAAAAAUACUUUGGUCCUGAUGUGAAGUUCUAUCACCUCCUACAAGGAGCAGACGUUUGGCUCAUGAGGGUGGACUUUGUUUUUGAAUUCCCCAGACCCACCAUGCCAAACAUUGUCUACAUUGGUGGUUUUCAGUGUAAGCCUUCUGAGCCUUUAUCGUCAGAGCUGGAGGAGUUUGUUCAGAGUUCAGGAGAGCAUGGAUUCAUCCUGAUGUCUCUUGGCACGUUGGUCAAAAGUCUGCCUAUAGAAAUUACUUCCGAAAUUGCUGCUGCCUUUGCCCAAAUUCCUCAAAAGGUCAUAUGGAGGCAUGCGGGUGAGCGCCCCAAUAACCUAGGCAACAACACCCUACUGGUAAAGUGGAUGCCCCAGAACGACCUCUUGGGUCAUCCAAAGAUUAAAGCCUUUGUGGCUCAUGGUGGUACUAAUGGGAUCUAUGAGUCCAUCUACCAUGGAGUGCCAAUGGUGGGCAUACCCCUCCUGUUUGACCAGUUUGAGAACGUUUUGAGACUGGAAACGCGAGGAGCUGCUAAGGUGGUGGAUGCAACCACAGUCACUCGGCAGAACUUUCUGGAAGCAAUUCAAGAAGUUCUUCACAACCCCUCCUACAGAAAUAACAUGAAGCGUCUCUCUGCUCUCCAUCGGGACAAACCAAUGCACCCUCUGGAAACGGCUCUUUAUUGGAUUGAGUUUGUGAUGAGGCACAAAGGGGCUUCACAUUUACGUACUGAGUCUUAUAAGAUGCCCUGGUAUGCCUAUUAUUCUGUGGAUGUUAUAUGCUUUUUGAUAGCAGUCUUGUUGAUGCUGACAGCCAUUACAGUGGGAUCAAUACGAUUUCUUUGCUUUAGACUGUGUAGGAAAAGAAAACCCAAGCAGGAGUAGUUACUGACUCCUCACAUCAAAUUAGUGCUGAUUAAAAUGAGCAAGUUAUCUUAGUGCUGGAGAUAGUUUCUGAGAUAUACCAGCAACGUAUCUCUAGGGAGGCCAAUGAUGACCUGCCAGACACUCUGACACACCACUCUGGUCCACACUGAAAUUAGUCAACAACUACCACAGUCCCAUGUCUCCAACUCUCCCCAUUUCUGUUACGCUCAAUCUCAACAUCGAAAAGAUGGGUGCAAACUCAGUUGUACAGAUAUUCAUGAUGACCAGACAGUGAAUUCAAAUUUAAUGACUUGAUUGUCAGGAUGGAUUAUAGCGGCAAAGUUAAAUAGGUAAACACGGUAAACAUUAUGCAGGCUUAAUAGUAGCAUGUAAACAGUUUUGCUCUGGAAGGUUUCUAACUGAACGAGAUGUCCCAGAAGUAUCAAAGUGGUGGCCAAGACAAGAGCUGGUUGAAUUCUCUGAACGCUAAGGAAAAACGCUUCAGUGCUUCCUUUCUUAUUUCCUUUAGCAUAGGAUACACUGGAGCAUCCUUUGCAAAAGGAAAGGAGAUAUUGCAAGUUUCUUUACACCGUGGUAGUUUCCUUGACCACAUGAUGUUUUCCAUCAACGUUGAGGAAAAGUGUUUUGGAAAAGACCAGUUUUCCUGAAGCUGAGAGCCACCAGCAGAGUAGGAAAGUUGGAAAAACAGACAAACACACAUUGAAAAUGUUUUUUGAGAGACAGCUGUCAAUGUUGUGAGAGUCUCACCAUCACAAAUCCUGAGAAUCCUGAGACAUCAUGUUCACGACAGACAGACAACAACAAAACACAAAGUAAACAUAAAGUAUUAAAAACAUCUGCACAGUUUCCACUGUGCCACAUGCCACAAUGGGGAAAAGUAGGCAGAUAGACUGACUUCUUUUCAGAGGAUGUCUGUGCUAACCUCCAACGGUUUGACUAUCAGUGGUUUAGAAAAUAUUUGAACUUUCUUGGCUGUUUCCUGUCUGUUUUAUGUUUUUAUCAGGAUCAACAUUUCAACAUGAAUGUAGUCUGUUAUAUCAGAUUUAUACUAAUGUAAAUAAAAUGUAAGAAAAGACAAACUGCCUGGCAGAAACUGUCUCCACUCCCUGCAGAGGACCAAUGACAAACUGGAUUCUGAUGGUAAAAUAUUGUUUUAUUUUGAAAGAAAAAAUGUGCACAAUCACCAUUAAUACAUAGCAGCGAUUGUAUACAGCACAGAUAGAGUCCC